AUGGAUUCACCGCUCCGGCACAGCAAGGCGAGGGGCCUCGUCUCCAGCACCGAGCUGAGCAUGAAGCAACCGCCGCCGGGACCUGAGGGCCGGUCCCGCUUCCAGAAAGUCUCGCUGGUGUCGCGACGGCUGGAGCAGGCGGCGGACGGGGGGGCCCGCGACGGCAGCCCCUCCCGCGUCUCCCUGCUGCUGCAGGCCUGGGAGCGGGAGAUCGUGGAGAAGACGUCGGCCGGGCCGGCCCCCGUGGUGCACCGGGGAUGCUCAUCCUCCGUCAGCAUCCUCAAGGACUUCACCGCGCACGGCCCUGUCUUCUCGCAGGUCUACUCGCCCGCUCAGAAACCCCGGCAGAAGGACGAGAAGGGGGGGGAUGACAACGGCACGGCACCGGCGGCUGCGCCCCGGGACAUCCCCGUGCACCGGGAGAGCUACAUGCACGGCGCCCUCCUCCCCGCCGGCCCCGCGGCCGCCGCAGCCCCCUGCCACCGCUCGCCCCGUGACGGCUCCGGCGCGACCGAGCCCAGGGCCAGGCACGUCACGGUGCUGCGGGCAGGCAAGGAGGGAGCCAGCCCCAAGCCGGGGGGCACAGAGGGGAGGAGAGCCCAAAACGGGCUGCGCAAGGCUGCCGGCACCACCACGUCCCCAUCGCAGAGGGAGAGCUGCGAGCAGGAUGGUGGUGGCUCCGUUGAGGUCGCGGCACGCACGAGAAGCUCGCCGGGCGCCUCAGGUGCUGGGGGAGCCCCCGGGGAGAAAUGUUUGAGGCAAGCUGAAGCCGUGACGGUGAACGCGGCAUCAAGAGAUGGCGACAGGCCCCAGGACCCACAAACCAGUAAAACCAGUGCCCAGCAUCCCCCAGAGGACGUCAGCAGCCAGGCAGAUCAGGCUGGUGUGGGAGAGGGAAGCACAGUGGAUGGGGAUGGCAUUGGUUUGGCCACACAACCCAGGACAGAGAGCUCUGGGGGAGCUGAUGGCACCCCCGAAAACCUCUCCUUGGAGGUGAGCAAUGGUCCUGAGCCCUUACCUGAAGCACGAGCAUCUCCAAAAGGUGCAGAAUUUGAGAAGGAGGAGGGUGAAAUGUCAGGGGACCCACAAAGCAUGGUCCAAGGGCCUGAGAGCAUCCCUGAGCCCCCCACAGAGAGCAUCCCGGAGCCCGAGCCUGAGAGCACCCCAGAGCCCGAGCCUGGGAGCACCCCAGAGCCCCCGCAGAACCCCCCAGCCCCUUCCCCACUGCCUGAGAGCCCCCCAGACAUGGCGGAGGAGGACCCCGAGCUGGUGGUGGACAUGGAGAUCUUCGUGGACACGCUGCGCAACAUGGAGCCCUCGGAGAUGCGGAAGGCGCCCAAGGCCCCGCGCCAGCCCCGGCCCUCGGCACUGGGUCGCUGCGCGGCGCUGCCGCCCAUCCACGAGGACCGCGUGGCCCCGCGCGCCCCCGUCUCGCUGCCCAACGCCCUGCGGGAGCUGCUGGCAUGGGGCGGCGGGGGGCAGCGGGCAGAGCUCCCCCCAGAGAGCACCGGGAGCCUCGAGGAGGAGGAGGAGGAGAUCGAGAACCCCUACCUGAGCCCCGGAGAGAGGGCGUCGCAGGGGCCCCGCCGUGGCACCAGCAACAGGGAGCCGGACGCGCUCCUGGGGGGGCCGAGGCUGGGGGGAGAGAAGGAGAGAAGCAAAGGGGCGCAGGGCAGGGCGGCGGGCGAGCAAAGCGUGCUCUUCCGAGGGAACGUCCUCAAGGGCAUGGCGCUGCUCUCCGACUUCCUGGAGCACCGGGCGGCCGCGGCGGACGAGGCCAAGCCCUACUCGCGCCUGGACAACAGCGUGCUCUACAGCCGCUUCGUCGCCCCCACCGCCGCCCCACUCUGCAGGGACCGGCGGGACCAGAGCUCGCCCCCUGGCGGGGUCCCCGGUGGGACGGGCACAAGCGAGCACCCCGGCACUGAGGCGGUUGAGCUGGAAGCCCCGAGCCCUGGCCACGUCCCGCCUGUCACCAAAGAGCCGGAGAGCACCAUGGCUCCGUGCCCCGCUGACGUCCCGCAGGAGGACAAGGAGGGCUUCGAGAAGAUCAACACGAGACCCGGCAAGAUCGUCCUCUUCUCCGAGGCCGGCUUCGCGGGACACAGGCGGGAGAUCUGGGGUGACGUCCCCGACGCCACGUCCUGGGAGCUCUCGCACACCAUCUCCAUCAGGGUCAUCCGCGGCGGGUGGGUGAUGUACGAGAAGCCGCGGUUCCACGGGCGCAAGUGCGUGCUGGCGGAGGGGGACGUGGAGAUCGACAACCCCUGGACGGCCUACGGGCAGAGCAAGGAGCCCCGCGGCAGCCGCCCCUUCCGCAUCGGCUCCUUCAAGAGGGUGGUGCGGGACUACCGCACCCCCGAGAUCAGCCUGUUUGCGGAGGAGAACGGCGAAGGUGCCAGGCUGAAUUUCACCGACUCGGCCGAGGACACGCGCGUGGGCGGCCAGGCGCUCGCCGCCUCCUCCAUCAUUGUCCACUCGGGCCUGUGGCUGGUUUACUCCAAGCCUUUCUUCGACGAUGACCCCUAUGUCUUGGAGCCGGGCGGGUACCCCAACUUAAAGGCGUGGGGAGCGAAGGAUCCGUCCAUCUGCUCCAUGCACCCCAUCAGGCUGGGCUGCCCCGUCGUGGAGCGGCCCGGCGAGCCGCAGGUGCUGAUCUACGAGGACGCGGGCUUCCAGGGCCACAGCUUUGCUGUCAACCGAGAUAUCUACGACCUGAAGAACCUGCCUGGGCUGGCGCUGCCCACCCUGGGCUCCCUGCGCGUCCUGGGCGGCUGCUGGGUCGGCUACGAGAAGGAGGGCUUCCGAGGCCACCAGUACCUGCUGGAGGAAGGGGAGUACCACGACUGGAGGCAGUGGGGCGGCUACAACAAGGAGCUGGUGUCCUUACGGCUCAUACGGACGGACUUCUCCGACCCGGCACUGGUGCUCUUCGAGGCCAUGGACUUCGAGGAGGGCCCCAGCGUGGAGCUGAGCGAGGCGCUCCCCGACACGCAGCUGGCCGGCUACGGCACCGUCACGCAGUCCAUCCACGUGCUGAGCGGCGUGUGGGUGGCCUACGAGGGCCCCAACUUUUCGGGCGAGCAGUACAUCCUGGAGAAGGGGGUGUACCGCAACUGCGAGGACUGGGGCGCUGCCGACUGCCGCAUCGCCUCUGCGCAGCCCAUCCUGCAGGUUGGGGAGCACAACCUGCACUUCGUCUCCAAGAUCCUGCUCUUCUCAGAGCCCGACUUCCUGGGGGAGCACCUCGCCUUCGAGGACGAGCAGGGCGCCCUGCCCGAUGGCUUCGUGCCCCGCUCCUGCAGGGUCCGCGGGGGCAGCUGGAUCCUGUUCGAUGGUCAGGACUUCUCCGGGGAGCAGCACGUGCUGUCCGAGGGCGAGUACCCGACGCUGGGCGCCAUGGGCUGCCUGUCCUCGGCCACCAUCCGGUCCCUAAAGAAGGUCCCGGUGUUUUUCUCAGAGCCCUCCAUCUUCCUGCACGGGCUGGAGUGUUUCGAGGGGAAGGAGAUCGAGCUGAACAGCGAAGUGCGGAGCCUCCAGGCGGAGGGCUUCAACAACCACGUGCUGUCGGUGCGCAUCAAGGGCGGGAUCUGGGUGCUAUGUGAACACGGCGACUUCCGAGGCCGCCAGUGGCUGCUGGACUGCACCGAAAUCACCAACUGGCUGACGUACAGUGGGCUGCAGCACGUGGGGUCCCUCUACCCCAUCCGCCAGAGACGGAUCUAUUUCCGCAUCAGGAGCAAGGAGCUGGAGCUCUACCUGUCCGUCCCCGACGACGUGGAGGACAUGAAAGCGGGGCGCGUGGUGGUCUCCAGCCUGAGCGAGCAGAGCAGCUCCGUCUGGUACUACGAGGACGGGCUGCUCAAAAACCAGGUUGCCCCUAACAUGAGCCUGCAGGUCAUCGGGCCGGCUGGGAAGGGCUCCAAGGCCGUGCUCUGGUCCGAGACACGGAUGCCGCGUCAGACCUGGAGCAUCGACGCCCAGGGACGGAUCCGCAGCCAGAUGUUCGAGGACAUGAUCCUCGACAUAAAGGGCGGCCGAUCGUACGACCGGGACCACGCCAUCAUUUGGGACGCAACUGAGGAGCGACCCACGCAGAUCUGGGACGUGCAGGUGCUAUGA